UCUGGAAAGGAUCUGACUUGGGAAAGUGUUCGGUGCUUGGAGUGUGUAAUUGACAUGGCAUGAGCCAAGGAAACUUUGUUGGGGGGGGGGGGGACAAGGGAAACGUUUUUCUCCAGAUAUUUUCAUCUCCAUCAUCUAAGCAGAGUGGAAAUGUACCCAAAGUUCAUCAUCCUGUUUCCUGUGUUGUGGCUGUUGGUACUUGGCUCUAGCAGGAUUCAAGAUCAGAAGGAUGAAGACAGUAAUGAGUUUCCAGAAAAUUCAUCUGAAAUACUCAACCCAGAACGCAAUUCCCUGGCUCCAGAUUGCCCUAAAAAAUGUAGCUGCUUUCAGGAAGGAAUUGUGGAUUGUGGAGGGUUUUCUCUGAAAGAAUUUCCCAUUGAUGUUCCAGAGUUGACCACCCACCUUUCCUUGCAGAACAACCAGAUAGAAGAAAUUUUCCCAGAAGAGCUUGCACGUCUUUACAGUCUUGAAACUCUCAACUUACAAAACAACAGGCUCACUUCCAAAGGACUUCCAGAGGAAGCAUUUGAACAACUGGAAAAUCUGAAUUAUCUGUACCUUGCAAAUAAUCAGCUCACGGUGGCUCCAAAAUUCCUCCCAAGUACCUUGAUCAGCGCAGAUUUUGCUGCCAAUAAUCUCACUAAGAUUUAUGAGCUCACAUUUGGACAUAAGCCAAACCUGAGGUCAGUGUACCUCCAUAACAACAAACUUGACGAUUCUGGGUUACCAGAAAGCAUGUUUAACGGGUCCAGAAAUGUGGAAGUAUUGAUCAUGUCUAGCAAUUUCUUAAAAUACGUUCCAAAGAAUCUGCCACGAGCACUAUAUAAGCUACACCUAAAAAACAACAAGUUGGAGAAGAUUCCCAAAGGAGCCUUCAGUGAACUUUCAGGACUUCGAGAACUAUAUCUGCAGAAUAACAAAUUGACAAAUGAAGGAAUGGACAAUGAAACCUUCUGGAAACUUUUUAGCCUUGAGUACCUGGAUUUGUCCAGCAAUAAUCUUUCCCACAUUCCAAGUGGAUUACCUCGAAACAUUGUCCUUCUCCACUUAGAGAAGAAUGCAAUCAGAACAAUUGACAAGGAUGUCUUGACCCAGAUUAAGAAUAUGGAAUACCUACUGCUGCACAAUAACAAACUGAAGGCCAAUGGGAUUGAUCCAAUGGCUUUUCAUGGCCUGAAGAAGUUACACACAGUCCACUUGUACAACAAUCAGCUGGACAGGAUUCCCAGUGGGCUGCCCAGACGAGUGAAAACUCUGAUGCUUCUUCACAACCAGAUCUCGGAAAUUUCCAGGAAUGAUUUUGCUUACACUUAUUUUAUGGAGGAAUUAAACCUGAGUUAUAAUAAAAUAACCAGCUCAAAGAUUAAUCGGGAAGCCUUCCGCAAGUUGAGGCUGCUUAAGUCCUUGGAUCUUUCAGGCAAUAAUCUCUACACCUUGCCUUAUGGCUUCCCAAAAAACUUGCACAGCCUUAAGCUGAAAGUAAAUGAGAUCAGCUCAAUUCCUAGGGGGACGCUAUCUGGAAUGUCAAAGCUACAGGAGCUCUACCUCAGCAACAACAAGCUAAAAGUCAGUUCAAUUCACAGUGGAUCAUGGAGGGACCUCACCAGUCUCAAGAUAUUAGACAUGGCUAGCAAUCAACUGACUGCUAUUCCCUCUGAUUUGCCCGAAUCGCUAGAAUAUCUGUACCUUCAGAACAACAAAAUCACUACAGUACCAGAGGAUGCCUUUGAUUCCACGCCCAACAUAAAGGGAAUUUAUCUCAGGUUUAACAAGAUUGCAUUUAAUGCAGUAAAAGAAAGCACAUUCCAAAGACUGAAGCAUCUGCAAGUGCUGGAUAUUGAAGGAAACUUUGAAUUCAGUGAUCCUUUGAAGAAUGGGGAUGAUUCAGAUGAAGAAACGGAAGAAUAUGAAGAAGAGGGAGAACAGGAUGUGGAAGAAAAAUGAAGACAGACAUUGACUAAAUGAAGCAUAUCACAUGGUAGAAAAUUACUUU